GUGCAACUACUGCUGCAUCGACCUUGGCUAGCUCAGGAUGGCAGGGAAGGCGUGGAGGUCAGCGAUUGUUAAUCUACUAAGAAAGUUGGGUUUAUCCAUCAAUGGCAAGGACAAAAUCAAACCAGAGGAAGUGUCACAGGUAGUUGGUGCUUUGAGGAAUGGAUCUCCACAGUCCAGGAACUACACCCAUGGGAUGAAAACUGUAACUCUAAUCCCUGGUGAUGGAAUUGGUCCAGAGAUCUCCACUGCUGUCAUGAAGAUAUUUGAAGCAGCUAAAGCACCGAUUCAGUGGGAAGAGAGAAAUGUUACUGCCAUUCAGGGACCCGGUGGCAAGUGGAUGAUUCCUCCAGAUGCCAAAGAAUCAAUGGACAGGAACAAAAUUGGUUUGAAAGGUCCUUUAAAGACACCAAUAGCAGCUGGCCAUCCCUCCAUGAACCUGCUGCUGAGGAAAACCUUUGACCUCUAUGCUAAUGUGCGUCCCUGUGUGUCCAUCGAGGGCUACAAAACCCCAUACACUGAUGUUGACCUGGUUACCAUCAGGGAGAAUACUGAGGGAGAAUAUAGCGGGAUUGAACAUGUGAUUGUGGAUGGAGUUGUGCAGAGUAUUAAGCUCAUUACAGAACAAGCCAGUCAACGCAUUGCAGAGUAUGCUUUUGAAUAUGCAAGAAACAAUCAGAGGGCCAGUGUUACUGCUGUUCAUAAGGCAAAUAUAAUGCGGAUGUCAGAUGGACUUUUUCUACGAAAAUGCAGAGAGGCUGCCGAAAAGCACAAAGAUGUGAAAUUCACUGAGAUGUACUUGGAUACUGUGUGCCUUAAUAUGGUGCAGGAUCCAACACAGUUUGAUGUUCUGGUAAUGCCAAAUCUGUAUGGAGACAUCUUGAGUGAUCUCUGUGCCGGAUUAAUUGGAGGUCUGGGAGUGACUCCUAGUGGAAACAUUGGCGCAAAUGGUGUUGCCAUAUUUGAGUCGGUUCAUGGAACCGCACCGGAUAUAGCAGGAAAAGACAUGGCCAACCCCACCGCCUUGCUGCUCAGUGCUGUAAUGAUGCUGCGGCACAUGGGCCUGCAUGCCUAUGCUAAGAACAUCGAAACUGCUUGUUUUGAUGCUAUCCGAGGCAAAAAGGUUCUUACCAAAGACCUGGGAGGAAACUCCAAGUGCUCAGAAUUUACAGAAGCAAUAUGUCAAAGAGUGCGAGACAUGGAGUGAAAAGAGUUAGUGAGGCCAGAAGGUACUUGAUGGGGUUUGAGUUGGUCAAAAUUGUACUGCGUCGUCACAUUUUUACCAAAACAUGUAUUCAGAACUCAGGACUUUAAGAUCCUGAAUGUUUUCAUUCAUUUUCUGCACAUUCCAAGCUGUCUUAAAACAUUUAACUUUCUUCAUAUGUGAUGUACACACAGUUUUUGACUUCCUUAAAAUCUUUGGCCUAUGGGGAAAUUUGUCUGUUUGAUCUAAUGUGUUUGGCACUGUUAUAUUUGGACACAGUCCAGAUGAUUGCUUGGGAAAUAGUCAUUUGAUAUCAUGGCAAAAGUCUUCAUUUGUGUCACUGAAUAUGCUUUACGUUUAUGAGCUUAAAGAAUAUUGCUUUAAACAUGAUCAGGCUUCCAUAACACAAGACCUGAUAUUUUGCCCUUAAGUCUUCUUUUUUUGCAAAUAUCAUGAAUGUGGAAAAGAAUGCCAUCAGAAAUGCCAGAAUUUGAAUUGUUUUUAUUUACAUCAUUAUGCAAGACAUUUGUUAGUAUGCCAGAGUGUCUCAGCUGCUGUUAUUUACUGCUGGUGAAAUUUAAAUCCAUAGUUAAAUGUGUUUUAUCCUAAAUUAUUUUGAACACAUACUGAGUGUCACCAAUUGUGUACACAAAAUAUCAAAUAAUAUAUCAGCAAUUUCUUUUAAAAUUCAAGAAUCUAGUUCGGGCAACAGACAACUAUGUGUUAAAUACAAUGACUUCAGAAUUUGGAAAAAAAUACACUGGAAUGGUCAGAGUCCCUGCUAUCCAAAACAGAACAAAAUAUUACGUAUUAAAAUAUUAAAUAAAACGCUUUGAAAAAAUAAAUAUGUUCUGUUAUAUUAUGCACUGCAAAAGGAUGAGCAUGUAAUUAAAUUCACAUUGAAGAGUGA